ACAGAGGGCGGAAGUAGCGCUCGCGAAAACAAUAACGAGGAUGGCGGCGGUUGAGGAGAACGAGGCCCCUUCGCCUGUAAUGGCCAUCACUGGUAUCUCAGAGGAUCCUGCUUCCAUUGCAGCAGAAGAUACAGCUGCACAGAAGAGAGAGGAGCAUCUUAGGAAGUUCAGAGAGCUUCAUUUGAAAAGGAAUGAAGCUCGCAAGUUAAAUCACCAGGAAGUUGUGGAGGAGGAUAAAAGGCUGAAGUUACCAGCGAACUGGGAAGCCAAAAAGUCCCGUUUAGAAUGGGAACUGAAGGUGGAGGAAAAGAAAAAGGAAUGUGUGGCAAAAGGUGAAGAUUAUGAAAGAGUGAAGCUGUUAGAAAUCAGCGCAGAGGAUGCAGAACGUUUUGAGAGGAAGAGGAAGAAAAGAAAUCCGGAUCUUGGGUUUUCAGAUUAUGCCGCUGCUCAGAUGCGUCAGUAUCAGAGACUGACCAGGCAGAUCAAACCUGACUUGGAGAAGUAUGCAAAGCUAAGAGAAGAAAGUGGUGAAGAGUUUUAUCCCACGUCAAAUAGCCUUCUCCAUGGAACUCAUGUGCCUUGUAAAGAAGGGGUUGAUAAAAUGGUUGAGGAUCUUGAAAAACAAAUCCAAAAACGUGAGAAAUACAGCCGGAGGCGUCCUUACAAUGAUGAUGCAGAUAUUGACUACAUUAAUGAGAGGAACGCCAAGUUCAAUAAGAAGGCUGAAAGGUUCUAUGGCAAAUACACAGCAGAGAUCAAACAGAACUUGGAAAGAGGAACUGCCGUGUAGGCUUGAACACGUGCCAGGCAAAGACAGCCACAAAGCCAUCCUGAUUGUACAAAGAUACCAAAUUGUAAACUUGUCUCUUGCAAAGCGACCUUUUAAAACUGUUCAGGGAACUUCAGUGCAACUAUAGAAUUUAUCAGAGGUUUCAGAAGGACCGUUGUUCACCAUAUGCAGAAAUAGUUGCUUAGUAGAGAAACUCAAUUUUGAUUUUCAACUGUGAACUUACAGGUGAUAUUCCCUUAGCAGUUUUCAUGUGGAGAGAUACCUGAAGUCCUGUUUCCAGAUAAAGAUGUUUGACAGAAUCAGGUUUUUGAGGGUUUAAGCUUUCUGUGGGGAAAAUAGAAGGCAUCUUUCUUGUACGGUAAAAAGGUUUGUUUUUUUAAAACCCACUAAAGUUCUGCUGUAAAAUGUUACUUAUAGUGGCUUAAUUAAAUUAUCCUGUUGUCUUAGCAAA